UGUCCCUCUCGCACAUAAAAAUUUCUGGGGAGCGAUUGAUUCCGACAACCAUCGAAGGAGACGAUUCUCCUGAAAUUUGAUCAAUUUACUCGAGAGCACUUAAAGGUUUUUAUCAGGAAUGAAGCACUCGAAGGAUCCGUUUGAAGCGGCAUUGGAGGAGCAAGAGGAGUCGCCGCCGGAGUCACCUGUCGGCGGAGGCGUCGGUGGAGAAGGCGAAGGGGAUGAGAGUCGAACCCUAAUCGAGCAGAUUCCGGAGGAGGACGAGAUAGCCGCCGGGGAUCUCCGUCCGGCGAAAAAGCCUAAAACUUCCAUGGAGGGUUUAGGGAAGAACAAAGACGAGGAUGAUGAAGAAGAGGAAGAGAAUAUGGAAGUUGAACUCACCAAGCUCCCGUCCAGUGCUGAUCCUGAUAAGAUGGCCAAGAUGCAGGCCAUUUUAUCACAAUUCACAGGGGACCAGAUGAGCAGAUAUGAAUUGUUUCGGAGAUCUGCAUUCCAGAGAUCAAGCAUGAAGAGGUUAUUGGUGAGUAUAACAGGGAGUCAGAAGAUCAAUUUGCCAAUAACGAUCGUGGUCUGCAGUAUUGCAAAGAUGUUUGUUGGAGAAAUUGUCGAGACAGCUCGGAUUGUGAUGGGAGAAAGGAAGGAAACCGGACCGAUAAGACCUUGCCACGUAAGAGAAGCUUACAGAAGGAUAAAGCUCGAAGGAAAAGUGCCGAGAAGAUCUGUUCCUCGGCUUUUCCGGUAGCUAUGACCGGAGAUAGACCUCAACCGAUUUACUUUUAGCCGCAUGGUGAUAAGGUUUACUGGCCAUUCAGCUGGAAUCUAUGUGUUUCAGUGAAAGUUCAGUUUGUGUGAUAAUGCAUGCAUGGAUGCCAUGCCAUGCCCUUUUGAUGUCAUAGUUAGGAUAUGUUCAAUUGGUGUUUCCAUUGCUUUGCUUGUCUUAUUGGAUCAGACAUAUGUUCCUCUUCUUGGCAUGAUAAGCCAUGUUUAAGUUAUUGUACUCA